UUACACAUACAUCUGUGAAGUCAUAUCAUGAGAUUAUUUUAACUUUUAACAAAUAUAUAUUAUUAAUUCUAAUUAAUUAAUGGCCAUGUAGAAUAUCUGCACUUUAUAUUCACUAUAGCAUUUAAUCACCAUCUUAUAAACGUUGUACCACUACAAAUUAUUCAUCACUAACAUUAAAGUAUCGGCCCCCUGGGCUUUGUUUUGGGUCUCUUGUCCUCCAAACAACAAGAACCGUAGGUGGAGAACCACCACCACAACACGCAUUUUAACAUAAAACAGACCAGAAUCACAUGGUUCUUUAUUCGUGUCAGGCCGAAGAAAAUCAGACUUUGAGUAGAACUUUACUCAUCAAUAUGAUUAUUAGACCUGCUAUUAUGUUAUGAUAUGCUUAAAGUGCUUGAUUAGCUGAACCCUCAAAGCUGUUGCUAUUGUUGUUGUUUUUUUGUGGUAGUUUAGUUUACUCCUUAAUGAUGUCAGAAUGGACUAUUUUAUAAGAAACAUAGAAUCUCAGACAAGUUUUGCAUCAUUCUGGGAAGUUUUAUAAAAAGUACCACAUUUUUCUCUACAUUUUUUUUUAGGAUGACUGACUUCUAGCAAAUUUCGUUUCCUAUUUCCAAACCACCAUGUCACAUGACUCCUAGUGUUCUUCCACAUGAUUUUAUUUCAGUACAAUUUGUGCUUUGGUAAAAAGUGGAAUAUGGACGACGAGGAUUCAUACAUUGUUUCUAUGCGCAAUAAUAAUAUUGUUGUCUGGUUUCUGUAGUUUACAUGUUAUAACCCCAUUACAGUUACUGCUCUCAUAAAAACACAAUUGCUUUUGUUUCUAAAUAUAGCAUCAAACAACAUAUUUAAUCAAAAUGAAUAUUUUAGAGUUAUUUUUGUUCCUUUCUAUUGCGCGCUGUUUGAUUAACGCGUGGACUCGCGCUCAUUCAGUGACGUUUAAUGGAGACUCAUUUGCUGUCAGGAUGAGCCUUUGUGUAAAAUAGAAAUACUGGCGUGAAUUUCUAACAUUUGCAGAUAAGGAUAUAAAGGUGAAAAUUACAUUUCUGGCUGAAGAAAACAUGUCUGGAACACAGUAAAUAGCACACACCUCUGUUGCAGCAUCUGACACGACAAGCCACGUUAAUACACUUACGAGUUUGUUUGAAGCGCUUAAUGUAAAACAUUCUCCUGUUAUGGAUGACCGGGAUCAUGCACUUUUCCCACAGCAGCUCACUCUGACCUCCGCUGUUUCUCAGAUGUGUUUUAUUCGUAGAAAUGUGUUUUCCACCAUUGUGAAGUGACGUCAUUGACGUGGGUUAUCCACUGACCCAACUAAUCCAUAAUGAAAUUCAUUGUCGAUUAUUUUAAUUGUCGAUUAUUAUAGAUUUUCCUCGAUUAGUUUUUGCAGCCCUAGUCGAUUUUAACACAUUUUUCAUGUUACUCAGAGGAUGUAACUUAUACCACGUGUACCAUCUAUUGUUAAUGAUUUUUGGGUAAACCUCAUGAUUGUGAUGAACGUUGCCAUAAGAAAUUUUUCAUGAAGUAACCUGGAGCUCAACUGGCCUUCAGUUAGCACCCAGAACUUCAGACUUGUUCGUUGAAGCAUUCCUAAUGCUGGUUUCUGCACAUUUUCACAGCUCACUGAUGUCUCCAGGCUUUUUUUUUUUCUCCUGCAGCAUGUGGUCGCCCCAGUAGCCGAUUAACUUAAAUCCCCCUCUCCACCCACUUCUAUGCAUACAAGUCCACAUCCACGCCUUUAUUACAUAAAGGAGUCAAGCCUGCAGGCGUUCUGAAUGGUGCUAUAGGAGAGCAUGUAAGGCUGAUCAUCUCAGUCCUUCUGCAUGACUGCUUCUCCUGUCCAGACACAUCUUUGGAUGAAAGGUACGCAGUUCCAGGACUUUGCCACAGCCUGGACACCAUCGCAAACUAAACCACAGGUGAAUCUUGGCGUCAUGAUGAACUCGCAUAGCCCGACUUGGUAAUGGUUAGAGGUGCUGUUUAUAAAAAAAAAAAAAAAGUGUAGUUUUUACUCCCAUUCGUUCCACUUUAUUAUAGACUUCUGCUUGUGGAGAGGGCCUGAAAAGUCAACACCUGCUGUGUGGAGAUCAGCUACUGUAUCCUGGAGCGCAGCUUGAAGGUGACAGGGUUGGACGAAGUACCUUUGGAAAGCGGUACUAUUUCUUAACGACACUAGUGGUGGUGCUUACAGACUUUUUGAAUAGUGUGCAUAAUCUAAACAUCUUUGUGACACUGAUCUCUGUAUUUAUUUCCUGUUUGCAUAUGAGAUCGGCUUGCUUUUGAGCGAAGUUUCUAUUUUGCUGUAUAUAUGUGAGACAUUGUGAAACUUUGUAGUGUUUUGACAUGGUGAGCUCGAGCAUCAGAUACCCAAUGUCUCUGGUAAUCUUUCUGGGGUCGUAUGUGUUUAGGUUUAUGGUGUGGCUGUUUAUUUUUAAGGUGGGUGUGUGUGUGUCUGUGACUGAAGGAUCAAAGAUCUUUGGGCUUGGCUCGCAGAACCCCAGGCAUUCCUUUUGUAUUUUUUUUUCCUUUUAUUUGGAUCAUCCCCUAACCUUGCACAAGACAGAUUGGUCUCUUUAGACAGCUGGGAUUCGGUUGAUGUUUCGAUUUACUGACUACUACUGUACGACCUUCAAGUGAUCUGUGUUUUAUUAGGGAUGCAUCAGUAGCAUUUUUUUAGGUUGUUUUGGGGGUUUUUUGGUACUCAUUGAUAACGGUACAGAUAAUGAGUAAACUAAUUAUUAUUAAUCAGUCAGAGACCUAAUGGAAUAUUUUAUUUUACCGUUUGUAAAUAUUUUCUGCUUAGUUUCAUGUUUAACAUGUUUUAUCAAGUCACUUGUGUUGCAGGAAGUUGCAUGAGUUCCUUGCCUGGAUCCUUUCACAGAGAAGAGUUUGCGGUCCGUGUUGAUGUGAUUUUCCAUCUUUAAUCGGGAAAUAAUUCUAAUGUCAACUAGGCGUGCGUCAUAUAGUAUCAUCUGGUAUCGAAUAUUGGUAUUGGAGGAUUUUUAUGAAUUAUGGUAUCGACCAAUACGUAAUACCAGUACAGGUAUCGAAUUUCCUCCUGAUUUACAGAAAGUUCUGCAGAAGUUUAGUCGACUGAGUCCUUCGCACAGCUCCACCAUGCUUAAUUUCCCCAGUCGUCGCAGAGCACACACUGUUCCUCCCACCAUCUGCUUCUGUGUUCAGAUUCAUUUGCUCAUCGCUAUUGACCCUGAGGGCUUUCCAAAACAUAUGCACAUGAUACACUUUUGAAGAGCUGCGUGCUCAUGUGGACUUCUGCUUCUGUUUCGUCUAUUUUUACAUCUCUGCAGUUUAACCGUUGUCAGACGGUACAAUAGAAAGUGGAGCGCAUCAUUUCUUUUGACAGGAGAGAAAACGGAUUGCUCACGCUCUCCUAGCUCAUGAAGGGCAUUGUGAUUUCAAUAGGCGAGUCGUACAGUAUGUUUGGGGGGGGGAUUGGACAGGCAGCCGUCACCUUCUUGCGUGUGUCAUUCUGAUAAAACGAUGGGAAGAGUCAGCAAUAUGGAGGCUGUUUCCACCGAUCCAGGAGCGGGACUAUUACAUAUUAACAUGAGUCAUUGUUUGUUCUCACUUUAUAAACAACCUCCUGUCCGAGUCACUGCAUACCUCAGAUAUUUUAAUGUCUAAUAUACAGGGUGUCUGUGAAGUCAGGAACCGAUGUGAGAAAAACUACAUAGAAUUAAUUUUGUUUGUAUUAUUUACAACAUAUGCUCCGCAUGUUCACCCUUAUGCUCUACACAUUUUCUCAGCUGCUGUUUCGCAUUAUUUGUUUUUUUCCCGCCAAAACAUUUGGAUUGGUAUAUUCACAUCUUCCCUUUGGUUCCUGACUUUUCAACCACCCUGUAAAUGCUUGAUUUAAAGCUUAUAAUUGUGCUUAACUUUUAAUAGAAGACUGGAGAAUGCUUGAUUUUUCAUUUGUAAGUGGACUUUACAUGGACCAUGCAGUUAAAAAAAAAAAAGUUCCCUCGUGUAUAUCACAUCGUGUUGUGGCACCUUGAGUUCCUAGUAAGCCUCUUUAAACUAAUCGUGCCACACUGGCAAAUUCCUGCUUUCUAACAUUAUCAUUACCAUUAAGCCCAAAUUCCAGUUCAACUCAAAUUGGCUAGAAAAUCGGCUUCCCGUCUGUGGGCUGAACACACAACACGAUCUGCAUGCAAGAUAUCAGUGUUGUCUUGACGUUCAUGAUUACUUGCCACAUACCUGUGUUGAAAUGAAAUAAAGACAAAUGACAAACUGUCAGCAUUUUAACACACACAAAAGUUAAUACCAGUCCAUGUGGUACUGAUAUCAACAUCUUGGUUUUGUUAGAAGGUCCCAGAGCGGAAACCGCAUUGUGAUGGAUCAGAAGCUUCACUGAAGUUCAGUCAGAUCUCGUGUCAUCACGCUUUCCUUUACUGAACUUAAUCAAAGUUUGUUUGAAUUAAUCAUCCAGUUUUGGCUGAUUGAUAUCCGUAGACUCACAGCUCAGUAGGUGUUUAUAUAUUAUAUAUUUUAGAUUGUGCCUGCUUGUGUAUGUGUGUGUGUGUGUGUGUGUGUGUGUGAGAGAGAGAGAGAGAGAGAGAGAGAGAGAGAGAUAAUUAAAUGAAGCAGGGUGUGAUUAAUGCGAUAAUUCAGUUGGCUAAUCGAGACGCUUUUACUGUAAGCCUCAUCAAUCUGGGUUACAUGUUGAGCAGUGAACCAGCCAUGGACUCGUGCUUGUGAAAGACGGGAGAGAUGAGGAGAGCACAUGAGAGUCAGUCAUAUGAACUCAGCUGACUUAAAGACUUUGGGAAGUGGGUGUGUAUGUUUCCCUCCUAAAAGGGACACUUUUUGUAUUUUUUCGUUUUUUUUUUUUCUUUUUCUUCUUCAAUUUUCCUAGCUAUGCUCAUGAACGAUGAAAGAUCUGUUCAACCGGAAAAAAAAAAUUACCUGCUUUAGGAUAUUGCUGACCUUCUAGUGUGCAAUUUUUUUUCCCCCUAGAAUUCAUCUUAGCUGUGUUCAGCCUCCUGACCCCCUCCUGACACUCAACAGAAGAAACGAUACAUUUGGAAGCAAUUCACCUCCUGUGCGUUUGUUGAACGAACACCCGUGAGGAAUGUAUUUUUGUGUUUGACUCUGCUCCAUGCUGUUCAGCUUCUCCACAACCCGCGAUCAUAGAAUGUGUACAUUUGACAGCAUGAUGCCAUUUCAAAACAGCAGCCAAUCUUUCCUUGCAUUCUGCAUUCAUUAGUAGUACACUGUUUUCAGAGCAGAGUGAAGAGCUGGGGAGAACAUCUUUGGAUCAGGACUGGGGCCAAAGUGGCGGGCCAUAGUUUUAUGUGGUCUCGAAGUGAAGAGACGAUGAGAGUUCACGUGCACACCAAGUUUUGCUUUCUCUGUGUCUUCACCCUCCUGUUCCAUCAGUGCACUCACUGUCAUGAAAGCGGCCAUCACCACCACCACCACCAUCACAGUAAUGGUCAUGACCACGACCAUGACCACGUCCACGACGACCACCAGAUAUCAAGGGAGUCUUACUUGAGUCCACCAGAUCACCCGGUGCCCGAGAACCAGAAAGAAGCAGCAGAGCAUGAGCAGCAGUUCUACAUCCAGCAGCUGUUUCGCCGCUAUGGCCAGCAGAACCGACUUGACUUCCGAGGCUUCCAGAACCUGCUGCUGAGCCUGGGGUUAGGCGAGGUGCGAGUGGUGGAGCUGGAUCAUGACAACCUAGGCCAUGACCACGUGGCCCAUCUGGACCUUCUGGAAGUGCAGGAAGGACUGCAUUCGCAUUCAGCUGGUCACACACACUCACAUCCAAAGCAUUCCCAUCACAACCACCACCAUCACUCCCAUGGAGAGGCUGAUGGAAGCUCUUGUAGCCCCAGUCUCACUGCAGUAUCCAGACCUACUGUAGAGAGCAAGCCUCAUGGACGGAAGGGCAAGGAUGGUGACCACGAUCAUGACCACCAUGUACAUGAUCAUAAACCUGAGCAUGGCAAUAAUCAGACUCUAAGUGUUGAUCAUGACCACAUGCAUAACAGUCAUGAACACUCAGAUGGUCACUUACAUGACCCCGAUCAUGAACAGGACAAUACUCAGACUGAAAAACCUGACCGUGACCAUACACAGGACAGUCACGAGCACUCACAUGUUCACUUGCAUGACCACAUGAAGCAACGAACCAAUGAGCGUACACAGGAAACUAAUGACCUUUCUGGACCCUCUUUAGACAACACCUUCCCCAGUAGCCAUAACGAUAAGACACAGCCUCAUCACCAUGGCCAUCAUCACCAUAAACACCCCCACCCUCACCACUACUAUCAUACUCCAAACAACACAGACCAGAUGAAGCCUACACAAACGGCCUCGGCAUCCCUUCAGCUUAGAAAUUCUGAGGCACUCACUCUCCAUCCCUCCAGUCAGCCUCCUACCUCAAUGCCUAAGAGGACAAGGAGGCCACAAAAGGGUAAAGGACAGCGUGGAAGAAGCAGAACGCCCAACCCUACCCUAAGCUCUGUGGUGGACGAUAACUAUCAUGAUCAUGACCACCAUUUGCACCAUCAAGGACAGACCAGCAAAGAAAAACGUGCAGUACCAGAAGAGAUGACGAACCCAAACUCAUCUUUGGCUGGUCAGUUUGAGGACAUGCCUCACCAACACGAGGAGUGUCUAAAUCUCACCCAGCUGCUACACCACUAUGGCCUGAGUCCCGACUCGCUCAUUUCCCCAGCACAGUUCACCUACCUGUGUCCCGCCCUACUCUAUCAGAUAGACAGUCGCCUCUGCAUCCGCCAUUACCAUCAGGUCGACGUUCAAGAAGCACCUCAGAACUCAGUAUGGAUCUGGGUGUGGAGCUUUGUGUCCAUCACCGUGAUCAGCCUGCUGUCUCUGCUGGGCGUCGUUCUGGUGCCCAUCCUCAAUCAGUCCUGCUUCAAGUUCCUGCUCACCUUUCUGGUGGCUCUAGCAGUGGGCACGCUGAGCGGCGAUGCCCUCCUCCAUCUGCUGCCUCACUCUCAAGGAAACCAUGACCACAGUCACGGUGAGCAUGAACAUGGAGACGAGGACACAGAUUUGCUCACGGAGUUUGACGGUGUGUGGAAGGGUCUGACGGCACUGGCAGGAAUCUACCUCCUGUUCAUCAUCGAGCACUGCAUCAGGAUGGUCAAGCAUUACAAAGACCAUGGGGGUGGGUUCAGUCGGAGGAAAAAGAGAGGCGAGGAUGGGAAAAUCGGCAAGAAGCUGUCGGAUCACAAACUAAACAGGCACUCAGAUGCGGAGUGGGUGCAUUUAAAACGUUUAGAUGAUGCUUCCCAGAGCGACACUCCGAUGAUAGAACCACAGCCUCCAGAUUCUCCCAGCAAGACUCCGCUGGCCACCACAGACACUGAGCAUACUGUGGCCAUUGAGGAAACAAGCAAGAACGAAAAAACAAAGAAGCAAGGCCACGGCCACUCGCAUCAUGGCCACUGCCAUUCGGAGAAGGACAUGAAAGAUGCCGGCAUCGCUAGCAUAGCCUGGAUGGUUAUCAUGGGAGAUGGCAUGCACAACUUCAGUGAUGGCUUGGCUAUCGGUGCUGCAUUCAGUGCCAACAUUACAGGGGGCAUCAGUACAUCUGUUGCUGUCUUCUGCCAUGAAUUACCUCAUGAACUGGGUGACUUUGCGGUGCUGCUGAAGGCCGGUAUGACCGUAAAGCAGGCUAUUGUAUAUAACUUGCUGUCAGCUCUCAUGGCCUACUUUGGCAUGGUGAUUGGCACAGCCGUGGGUCAGUACGCAAAUAACGUCACAAGCUGGAUUUUCGCCGUGACUGCUGGGAUGUUCCUCUACGUGGCCUUAGUGGACAUGAUGCCUGAGAUGCUGCACGGCGAUAGUGAAGAGCAGAAACGCUGCCUUCUGGGACACUUCGUCUUGCAGAACGUAGGCAUGCUCACAGGCUUUGCCAUCAUGCUGCUCAUCGCCAUCUUCGAGGACCGCAUCGUGUUCGACUUCCAAUUCUAGCUUUGUCUCGACGUCCUCCUCCGAAAACAUGGCACGAAGUGUCCUCGUGUCUCAUUCAUGUCCUCCUGUCUUCAUUUGCUCUCCAAGAGGGCCUCGGUGGCUUAUGGUGGACAUCCAGACCAAAACAUUUCCAACUUAGCAACAUUUCCCUCCCUAUCGAGUUUAAAACACGAGUAAGCACAAUCCAAAUGCAGAAACGCAGAUGUCUCUCUCUUUCUCUCUGUCUUCAAAAGCUCAAAGCGCAUGUCCCAGUGUUUGUCUUAACAUGUAUCAGUAUGUGAACAUCCUCUAUUGAAGGAAUAUCCCUUUAACAUCAUGAUUAUUGAUAGGCUGUUGAGAGAGGCAGCUAGUGCAUCUAUCCAUCCAUCUGAGUGUAGUAGUCCAGUAAUACGAGUUGUGUUUUUACGUGUAGCGCACUUGCAGGCCUGUUCAUGAAGAAAUGUGAUGUCUUGCUGUGUUUUGUCUCGUGUUGUCCAACCAUCAUUGUGCCAAAGCACAAGUCAGAGCCACAAAAUUCUCGAGUGAAAAAAAAGUAUAUAUAUAUAUAUAUAUAUAUAUAUAUAUAUAUAUAUAUAUAUAUAUAUAUAUAUAUAUAUAUAUAUAUAUAUAUAUAUAUAUAUAUCUUUACACACUGUACCAGCAACGAACAGCAGCCAUUGUUUGUGCCUGGCUUACAACUUUAAAAAAAAAACAAAAAAAAAAAAAACGGCUUAAUGUGCGUUCCAACAGCGGUUGCGUAGAUUUGCCUGCUUUUCAUUAUGCUGUAGUAACUCUACUGUUCCUAGUUGUAGGAAGCGCACUACAUUUCUCACGCCCUUCAAUUCCUUUCAUCAGCAAAUCGUUUGAAAGACAUCACCUGCCAUCCAUUUGAGUAUUAGUCCAAAAAAAAGUGCAGUGUUUUCAAGCAAGGUCGAGCUGCUGCGGAGUAGUAUUUUGUUAGCUGUGAUUUAUUGGAUCUGCCAGAUCACUACACAUGAUAUUUAUUAGUGCGGGUCAGUCGUCAAGCUCUCAUUGUUCUCGUUUGCUGCACAGCGCAUUGUUUUAAAUAUACAAGUUCAUACAGUAUAUCUAAAUGACAGUGAUUUCUUUUGCCGAAUGAAUCAGUUUAAUGCUGUUUCUUUGCAACAUUCAUUACCAUAAUUAUGCUUUUUAUUUCAGCUUGUUCUACUGGUCAAAUCAAGGUAUUACACUUCACCCAGGGUGCUGAAUCUUUCCUCAUGACACACAAUCAGAAACAGUCUUUUGACACGGUUAGUAGAUUUAGUGUAAAUUCGAUGAUUUAUCUUCGUAACUUCUUUGACAAUCCAAACUCCAGGUUAUUAUUAGGCUAAUUUGCACUUGCACAGGUUUCUUUGUUAUCAAAACAAAUGAUGGAUUUUUAUUAUUUAGAAAAAAAACGAUGCAGUAUGUGAUGCUGUUUUGAAGACGCUGACCACCUCACAGCACUGCACUCCGCUUGUAAACUUUCCCAUCACACAUUCCAUUGGCCGUGUCUGAUUAGCUUCCCAAGCUAACACUCCUGUGAUCUGUUCUCUUGAAUGUAUAUAAAGAUCAGUGACCUUAAUUUUGCCAACAUUCUCAAGUGGACCUGAAACAUGCAUGUGGCAUGAGUUAAAUGGAACAAACUUUUUUUAUUUUAUUUUUUUCUGUUUUGGUCAGUGUUUGAUUUCUAUUAAAUAGAGUAAGACGUAUGCUAUGAGUGUUGAGCAUUUUGUUGGUUUUGCUUCUCAGUUAUUAUUGUUAAAACUUUAGCACAACGAGGUGGACUUGUUAGCAGAAAGUGAUGGAGACAUGAUUUCUUUGUUCACCUUGAUGUUGGAGUUUGGUCGAAUGAACCAAAGCACAAGGUGGUUCAAACAAACUUUUAAUCUAAUUUUCUGGAUUAUAAGUUUGAAUUCGCCUUAAGGCAUGUGGUACGAUUAAAAAGCGCUUGUAUAACACUCAUUUACAUUUUAAUUUCCAUCAUGGUAGUGCAGCUUGUAUUUAACAAAAAAAAUUAAUAAUCAAAUGUCUAUAUAACCCAAAAUAACAUUUCAUCACUUAAAGAUGAAAAAUGUGAAGGAUCUGGCCUUGACUUUUUUUUUUCUUUUUCCCCUGCGUUUCUGAAAGCCUGGCUGUAAAAAUGUCAUCACAUUUGUUAGUCUUGCUGAUGUCUCUCUGUCUAGAAAUAAAGGUCCGCCAACAGCU